UGGCUCGUAUUGUAAGCAUCUUACCGGGCGCUGUAAGGAGGCGCAAUGGGAAGUACAUACAACGCAGCCUCUACUGACGUACAAACUUUAACAAAUCAUCAAAUGAACUAUACUGGCUUAAGUACCCCAGUUCCUGACGACUACUUACAGAGUUUCUACGAUUCGUACGAGGAUAUGGCGUAUAACACAUUUGAGUACCCGGGCGAAUUGGAAAACCUGAGAAAAGUCUGGGUACGAGAGCCUCACUUUAUUCCAACGAUAACUGUUUACGGAUUGACAUUCCUUACAGGUGUAAUUGGAAAUAUUUUGGUGAUUUUUGCUGUUUUGGGUGAUCGGAAGUCCCGAAGUGUGACUUCUACUUUUAUGGUCAGUUUAGCGGCAGCUGAUAUCCUGUUUUUGGUUGUAUGUGUCCCAUACGAAACGGCACGUUACGUUGUUGACCAUUGGACAUUUGGCGAUGUUCUUUGCAAGUUUUCGGGAUUUGUGGAAAUGUUAUCGGCAUCUGCCUCGAUUCUUAACUUGUCAGCCGUCAGUGUUGAAAGGUUUAUUGUCAUAGUCCUGCCAAUCAAAUCUCGUACCUGGUGCACCGCAGGAAACACAAAGAAAAUUCUUCUCCUUGUUUGGUCAGUAGCCAUCUGCCUAGCGUCACCACCUCUCUAUGUAAUGGGGGUAGAAACCACAACCUAUUUCAAAAACGACACUUCCAUUGUAAUUCACAACUGCGCAGACACGGCGUUCGAUGACACCUUCCGGUUAUCAUACGCCAUCUACAGGAUGCUAGUCAUGUUCGCACUACCAACGGUCAUCAUGGUCGUCUGUUAUUCUGGAGUCAUCUACACACUAUGGCUCAGCUCACAGCAGCUCAGCAAACUCACAUCAGGCUCAAGGGGUUUUCAUUCCUCCACAAUUUCAUUGGAAAGAUCAUGUCUACGACAACAUCCCACCCAUUCAGUCACAUUAGUAACCGGAAGUCCAUACCGGAUCCGGAAGUUCACUGCUCGUAAUGGCGUCCAAAGCCAUGACCGGAGUGUGGAUGUUUUAACAGCUAGAAAGCAGGUAAUCAAAAUGCUCGUCGCCAUUGUCGUGGUUUUUUGUCUUUGCUGGGGACCAAAACUUAUUUACUGUGUGUUGCUUCGCCUGCACCUUCCCAUACUAUAUCACACAGAAGCUUUCACUACAAAAAUUAUCUUGGAUUGUCUCCCCUACGUGCAGUCCUGCCUGAAUCCCAUUAUUUAUGGUUUUAUGUCGAGGAACUUCCGCCGGAGUAUGAUGGCUGCAUGUCGACGACACUAUUGUCUGUGUCGUUUUUUAAAGUGUUUCGCAAUGAAGAAAGUAAUAUUCACGGACUAUGAGUUGGACUCGAAAGCAAGUAAUGGCACAUCUCAAACGAGGCUUACUGUUCACAAUGCAGCCCUGGAUGACUAUCAUUGUACUAUAUCAAGGGGAAACAACUGUGUUUCCUAAACUAUUCCCAUGAAUAUUCUUAUAAAUAUAACCUCUCUUACACAAGAUUCUUGUUCAUUCCAGCAGAACAAAUACAAUCUUUCAAAUUCAAUUCACUCGAUGAACUUGUCUUAUCUUAUGUAAAUACCUUAUUUUUCGUAUAUAUUGUCAACAAAGCUUUUGAGAGAAAAAUAUUAAAAAAAAAAAAAACGCUUACUUUAAAUCCUGCCAAAUGUCUUUUAAGACAUUUAAAAAAAUUAUUGUAAAUUUCGUUAAAACAAACACUGCUGAAAUCAUGGAAUUACCAAUAAUAUUAUGAUGAUUUUUUUCAUCGAGGACAUUUUCACAAAUCAGGGAUAAGGGUCACCUUUAUGUAAAUAAUCUAACACUGAUAUGUAAACAUUUAAUGUUGCUUCAAGUUCAUAUCAUUCAAUAUAUUUAUACUUUUGCGCGUGUGUUCAAAUCUACAUGUGCAAUAUUGGCAUGUUUAAGAGUUUGAUGUCGCCAUUUCAUUUAAAUGCUACCUCAUCUUUGCUUAUUUUCUAAUGCAGUUGCAAUGAUAUAUAAACUGAAGUAUGAGAGGAAAAUACUAAUGUAGGUUUUUUGGUCGGUUUUUAAAAGCAGAUAUCAGUGGUUAUCGUCUUGCCGAUAAAUUCCCUGAAAACAAUAAAUUUCUUUAUGAAGAUAAAAAAAUCAGUUUGCUUAACUGAAGUAGCAGUUAUGAUACACUGCAUUUACAAUAUAACACGUAAAAUUAAACAAAAAAGUCAUUUGUGCAAAAACACUGGCAAAACUUUGUCGGACAAUUAUUCACAUGCCAAUCGAAACCACUUUGCUUUAUCCGUUGGAUAUUGAAUGUUCACCAAGGAUCAGUAUUCGGACUUUUGACAUGAUGAAUAGAAUAAUUAUUGACCUCGUACAGCUUUAAUUGGAAUAAUAUUUUACAACUAUUUUUUAUAUUAUGCAUACAUCUAUGUUCCUGCUCCUUCUAGGGAUUCUAAAAUAAAAUACUUUAUGA